GGCCGGACAUUCCUGUGCUGUACAUUCUUGUGUUGGACAUUACUGUGUUGUACAUUGACGGCUCCCGGACGGACGAUUUGUUGUUUAUUAUUCUAAACACGAGGCUGUUGCCGACCGGCUGGUUCUCUUCGUUGUUGAUGGCCUGAGGGCAGAGUCAUUCGUCAACUAUACAACAAUGCCAUAUCUUAGAUCUAUAGCAAACACACAUGGCAGAUGGGGCAUUUCAAAUACCCGUGUACCAACUGAAUCCCGACCUGGACAUGUAGCAGUCAUUGCAGGAUUUUAUGAAGACCCAUCAGCUGUAGCUAAGGGUUGGAAGGCAAAUCCAGUGGACUUUGACUCAGUUUUCAAUCAAACUAGAUUGACAUGGUGUUGGGGAACUUAUGAUAUUGUAGAGAUUUUUACUAAAGGAAGUGUUGAUGAUCAUAUUGCUAUUGAAACUUUUGAUCCUUAUGAACAAACAUUUAGUACGGAUAAGAACACUACUCUUUUAGAUGGCUGGGUAUUUGAUAAGGUUAAACAGUUCUUUAAAAGAGCGCAGUAUGAUGAGGAGCUUCGUAAUAAGCUACAUCAGAGUAAGAUUGCAUUUUUCCUACAUUUAUUAGGAACAGAUACAUCUGGGCACACGCAUAAGCCUAAAACACAGAACUUUUUGACAACUAUAAAGUUUGUAGAUGAGGGAAUAAAGGAAAUAGAGGGAAUCAUAAAAAAUUUUUACAAUGAUGAUGGUAGAACAACAUUUCUUAUGACGUCAGAUCACGGAAUGACUGAUUGGGGUUCACAUGGUGCAGGGGAUGAACACGAGACUCAAACUCCUUAUGUUGUAUGGGGUGCCGGUGUUGAGCAAACCAAAAAGGGUUCAUUAGAUCCUCAAACAAAUGGCAUGUCUUUAGAUCACAGAGUAGAUAUUAAUCAAGCUGAUUUAACACCACUCAUGUCUACUAUUCUAUCUAUACCAGUUCCUGUGAAUUCUGUUGGCGAAUUUAAAACAGAUUUACUAAAUAUGUCACUAGCAAACAAAGCAAAAGCUAUUUACAGCAAUGCAAGACAGCUAGCUGCUCAAUAUAAUAAGAAGAGACUUGAUGUAGAGUCUCAUGUCCUACCAUUGUUAUACUAUCCAUACGACCCUUUCAAAGAGAAAAAUUAUAAAGAAAUGAUUUCUUUUACAGAGAUGUUAUUAAAAAACGAAAAUUAUGAAAACCUUAUACAAUUUAGCAGAGAAAUUAUGGCCUUAAGUCUGUCAGGCUUAAGUUAUUAUCACAAUUAUUAUCAAAAACCUUUAUUAAUUUUAGUCACACUUUCAUUUGUUGGAUGGAUAGCAUGUUUAUUGAAAGAGUUAUCAGAACAGAAAAUGAAUACCCAAGUGGGGUCUUUAAAUAUGCAGAAAUAUUAUUUAAAUAGUAGAAAUGCGAAGAUCAAAUUAGUUGUUAAUGUUAUGUUUUCUAUUUGUUCAUUUACUUCUUGCUAUCUUGUUUAUGCACAAAAUUUACCCGUUCAGUAUUACUUAUACUUCACAAUGCCAGUAUUUAUGUGGUGGUAUGCCUUAACGCCACUUACAGUAUGGACACACACACUCAGACAGUUGAAGAUAUCCAGCGGAUUUUACUCAUUGUGGGUCCAAGUCUUUUGUUAUACUCUGGGAUCUUUAGCAAUGGGUUUGUCUUUUACACACAGAUGGAUGUUAAGUAUACCUUUCAUAGGGAUGGGGAUAUGGCCUUUUUCAACAUCGUCAAAGAGCUAUUUACCAAAAAAAAUACUUAACCUUUGGCUUGCCGGAUGCAUAUUACUAAGUUUGUUUUCUUUUAUGCCUGUUGUUGGAAAAAACGUUUGCAUUGAACUAGUCAUUACAGCAGGACUCAUAUGGCUUAUAGUAACAGCAGUGUAUCUCUACAAAAUAUUAUUACCUUUAUACCAUGAAGCUAACGAAACUAAAAUUGAAAUAAUAUUGGCUGUGAUACAAAUGGUUUAUCUGGUAGUAUCUCUUCAGAACAUUUACGUACAAUCGAAGAGAUUCGAAAUGGGUACACCUAUUUCUGGAGUGUAUCAAGCUAUUGCUUGGAUUAUUGCAGUUUCGUCUCUAUUGCUACCGCUAUUUCAUUCCAAAAGACUGAUCUGUAGACUGUUAGCGUUAUAUACUUCAUUAUUGAACUUUUAUUUACUCCUCUCUGUCUCACAUGAGGGACUUUUUAUGGUCACACUAAUCGUUACUGUGACUUGUUGGAUUUUUAUUGAAUUUAGAUUACUUCAUUUAGAAAAAGUGAAGAUAAUAGAGUGCUCCUUUCAUAAUGACAACUUUGCAGAGACUAGUGGAAAGUUGCUUGCUGUAGAAAGGAGCAUAAGCAACAACGAUUUCCGGAGAGCAUUCUUUUUUACACUGUUCAUUAUUUUAGCGUUCUUCGGAACUGGAAACAUAGCUUCACUAAAUUCAUUUGAAAUAAGAUGGGUGACAUGCUUCGUAACAUCAUUUCAACCUUUUGUAAUAACUGGUCUCAUUUUACUCAAAACUUUAGCGCCUUUUCUAGUUGUUGCCUGCAGUUUUCGAACAGUACAAUAUUUAACAAAGGCACCCACUGGUUAUCUAAACAUCAUCGUGUUAAUAUAUUCCAAUAUAAUGGGCAUUCAGCUUCUAUACAACGUGAAAAAUACUGGAAGUUGGCUAGAAAUCGGAACAUCGAUAUCGCAAUUUGUAAUAGUUCAAGUUAUAACCUUAUUUAUAGUGUUGAUCAAUCAACUUGCAAAAUUAUUGACUGACACCAGUAUUUAUAGUUUUGCACAUAAAAUUUAUAAAAACAGAAAGAAAUAU